GAGGGAAUGAGUGACUAGCUGGCAGCUCCCCCGAUCAGCCAGGAGAGCAGAGCAGAGGUCUCUCCCCUUCCUGGAGCAGGUUACAGCCCCGGAGAGAGAUGGCAGCGUGCGAUCUUGACUGGAUUGUUUGGGUCUUGUCUGCUGACUGUUAAUGAUUUGCUGCGGAAGCCACCCGCACAGGAGAAAGAUUUUGCCGAGCAGCUGAGCCAGCAAAGAAGCCGCGCGCUAGCAGCGCCCUCCCACCUCCUUCCUCCCAGUCUGCGCUCGCCUCCCACCCAGCUCUCUAGACAGCAGCUGCUCGGCGGCGUCUGGCUCCGAAUGGAAGUGGCUGGUCCGGAGGAUGCCCCCUGCCCGCGGGCACCGUCGGAAACAGCAGCAGCUGCCGCGGCUGCAGCAGCGCCUCCGAGAUCGUUCCCCAGCCUCUUGCUCGGGAUCAAAGACAAACUCUGCACAUGUCAUAUUUUGAAAACACUUGCGUUGGGUCAGGUGCUUUCCUUGUUUAUCUGUGGGACUGCUGUUGCAAGCCAGUAUUUAGCAGAACAGUACAAAGUGAACACUCCAAUGCUACAAAGUUUUAUCAACUAUUGUUUGCUUCUUCUAGUUUAUACAACAAUGUUGGCAUUUAGAAGAGGCAGUGACAGCCUUUUGCAAAUUCUGAAAAGGAAGUGGUGGAAGUAUAUUCUGUUGGCACUAGUGGAUGUUGAAGCUAAUUACACAAUUGUAAAGGCUUACCAGUACACAACCCUAACGAGUGUUCAGCUUCUGGACUGCUUUGGGAUCCCUGUGUUGAUGGCUCUAUCAUGGUUCAUUCUGCGUGCAAGAUACAGACUCAUCCAUUUCAUAGCUGUUGCCGUCUGCCUGUUGGGUGUGGGAACUAUGGUUGGUGCAGACAUAUUAGCUGGGAGGCAGAACAGUGAAGGAAGUGACGUGGUGGUUGGCGAUGUCUUAGUUCUUCUGGGUGCUUCUUUGUAUGCCAUUUCUAAUGUGAGUGAGGAAUACAUUGUGAAAAAUCUGAGCAGAGUGGAGUUUCUAGGAAUGGUGGGCUUGUUUGGGACUAUUAUCAGCGGUCUACAGCUAGCCAUUGUGGAACACACGGACAUAGCUCAAAUUCAGUGGAACUGGAAAAUUGUGUUACUAUUCGUGGGUUUUGCCCUCUGUAUGUUUGGGUUGUAUAGCUUCAUGCCAGUAGUGAUUAAAGUUACUAGCGCUACUUCUGUCAACUUGGGCAUUCUGACAGCUGAUCUCUACAGUCUUUUUUUUGGACUGUUCCUGUUUGGCUAUCAGUUUUCAGGUCUCUAUCUCCUGUCCUUUGGUGUCAUUAUGGUGGGCUUCAUUUUGUACUGUUCUACUCCAACUCGAACUGCAGAAGAAGCCACAACCAGUCUGCCACAACCAGCCAGCAUUGGGUUUGAUAACCUUGGACUAAAAAUUGAGGAGAACCACCAGGAAACUCCGGCUGCUACCGUACAGCUUACUAAAGAAGAAAAUGUGCGGGUGAACACGGGUACAUCUACCAAGUGAUGUAGGACUCAUUCCUUCACUGGAGCCACGUGUAAAAUUGGCAGUCCACGUUUUUUUAAAUUUUUUU